AAAAAGCGUCUAUUAAUCGUCAACUGCUUAAAGCAUUAAUUUCGGCCAAUGCACCAUUAUCAUUUGUAGAAGAUGCUGAAAUAGCAUUUAUUUCGGAUAGUGGGCCUGAUUUCAAAAAGGCGCAACGUCUUAUACGUGAG